AUGAGCAAGGAGCUGGAGCUUGUGGAGGACGUGUGGCGAGGGGAGGCACAGGACCUCCUCUCCCAGAUAGCCCAGCUGCAGGAGGAGAACAAACAGCUGCUGACCAACCUCUCCCACAAGGACGCCGGCUUCUCCGAGGAGGAGUUCCAGAAACAGGAAGGCAUGUCGGAGCGUGAGCGGCAGGUGAUGAAGAAGCUGAAGGAGGUGGUGGACAAACAGCGGGAUGAGAUCCGUGCCAAGGACAGGGAGCUCGGCCUGAAGAGCGAGGACGUGGAGGCCUUGCAGCAGCAGCAGACCCGGCUGAUGAAGAUCAACCAUGACCUUCGGCACCGCGUCACUGUGGUGGAGGCCCAGGGCAAGGCCCUGAUUGAACAGAAGGUGGAGCUGGAGGCAGACCUGCAGACCAAGGAGCAGGAGAUGGGCCGCCUGAGGGCUGAGCUGGGGAAGCUUCGAGAGAGGCUGCAAGGCGAGAUCAGCCAGAACGGGCAGGAGAAGCCUGAGACGGAGCCGGGUACAGAGGAGGGUGUCUCUGAGGCGGACAGGCUGGCCAUGGAGCUGAAGGACCCGAACCGCCCCCGGUUCACGCUGCAGGAGCUGCGGGAUGUGCUGCAUGAACGCAACGAGCUCAAGUCCAAGGUGUUCUUGUUGCAGGAGGAGCUUGCCUACUACAAGAGUGAAGAAAUGGAAGAGGAAAACCGAAUAUCCCAGCCUCCACCCAUCAUGCACCCAAAAACGUCCCUCCAGCCGGAGUCUGGGAUCAAGCGACUGAUCUUUACAGCCAUAAUGCCCAUGGUGGCAGCUGGAUUGAUCAUAGAUGACCCCACGCUGCAGCCUGUCCGACGACUUGUCUCCCUUCCUGGAAAGUGCAAAGCAAGGGGAGAAUCUCACGUGUUUCUUUUCCCUUCCCCAAGGUUUAGCUUCUUCUCCCGAGACAAAAAGCGCUUGGCCAACGUGCAGAGGACCAUGCCCGCCCAGGAGUCCUUUGGCCAGUGGGCAAACUCACACCGAGAUGACGGCUACACAGAGCAAGGACAGGAAGCCCUGCAGCACCUGUGA